AGGCUCAUGCUCAGAUGAGUUUCGUGAUAAAAGUUUGAUUUGUAACGAACCGUAAUCUGUUCGAUAAUAUUCGUAAUGUUUCUAUAACGAAAAUUAUUUGCCAUCCUAAAAAUUAGCGAAGAUAUACACUAAUCUAAAAACGAUUACAUUUUUACAUUUUUCAUGCUCGCAGACAAUCCAAAAUUUGAUUUGUAACGAACUGGAAUCGCCUAGGGAAAGUUGAUACAAUAAAAAUUUGAUUUGCAACGAAUGAACUGUGAAUAAACUAUAAGCUGUUCUCGUAAUUAAAAUAAAAACAUCGACAUCUUUCAACGAACGACGUAAGACGUAGACUAGCGACAUAGUUACUAUAGUAAAUGACGUGUUAAAAUUGAGAGCACGGUUCUUCGCCGCUUGACGAACAUGAGCAUGAACGAUGGAGAAGUGAUCGAGUACGAGCCGUCGAUCAAGAACGUAAUCGAACAACGAUCCCUGCGAUGGAUAUUCGUCGGUGGCAAAGGCGGAGUUGGCAAAACGACGUGCAGUUGCUCGUUGGCUGUGCAAUUAUCAAAAGUCAGAGAGAACGUGCUAAUCAUAUCUACCGACCCGGCGCACAAUAUCUCCGACGCGUUCGACCAAAAGUUCAGCAAAAUUCCAACGAAAGUGAAGGGUUUUGAGAACCUCUUCGCCAUGGAAAUAGAUCCGAAUGUGGGCAUCACCGAGUUACCGGAAGAAUACUUUGAAAGUGAAGCAGGAGGUGAAGCCAUGAGAUUAAGUAGGAGCAUAAUGCAAGAGAUUGUAGGAGCAUUCCCUGGUAUAGAUGAAGCGAUGAGUUACGCAGAAGUGAUGAAGUUGGUCAAAGGGAUGAAUUUCUCCGUUGUUGUUUUUGAUACUGCACCCACUGGUCAUACUUUAAGAUUAUUGUCGUUCCCGCAUGUAGUAGAGAAAGGAUUGGGAAAAUUAAUGCGUCUGAAAAUGAAGAUCAGCCCUUUCAUUACACAGAUUAGUUCAUUAUUAGGAAUGACAGAUUUCAAUGUGGAUACAUUCUGUAACAAAAUAGAGGAGAUGCUUGUUGUCAUUCGACAAGUUAAUGAACAGUUUAAAAAUCCCGAUCAAACUACGUUUGUUUGUGUGUGUAUAGCGGAAUUUUUGUCACUGUAUGAAACAGAAAGGCUUGUGCAAGAGUUAACAAAAUGUGGUAUAGAUACCCACAACAUCAUAGUGAAUCAGUUGUUAUUCUUGAAAGAAGGCGAUGUACCUUGCAGAUUAUGUCUUGCCAGGCAUAAAAUACAAGACAAAUAUCUAGAACAGAUAAUGGAUCUUUAUGAAGAUUUUCAUAUCACCAGACUUCCUUUAUUAGAAAAAGAAGUUCGAGGAGUCCAACAAGUCAAAGAAUUUUCGGAAAAUCUUGUUAAACCAUAUAAAUCUUAACGUCUGUAUAAUUAACAUUUCGUAAAAAUAUAUAACUUUGACAUGUAACCAAAAAUUUUUCAAACUAAAGAAAUCUUAUA